GGUGGGACAAAGUGCAACACACAUAAACUGCAGCUGCAAGACAGAAAAGUGUGAAAACCAGAAAACCUUUUCCUGCCUCUCAGCCUGUUCUCACACUUAUCUGCUGCAGUCUCAGCCCUCAGUGCACAGGAGUACCUGCCUCUGAAGCAACAUGGAGAGGGAGGGGAUGCUGGUCCGGUCUAUCUAUUAUGGGAGAAUUGGAAGUAAAGCCACAGAGAGACUCCUGGAGAGGUUUGGACAUGAGGGGAGCUUUCUACUGAGAGACAGUGAGACAAUGCAGGGAGCCUUCUGUCUGUGCGUGAGGAGAGCACCGUACGUGCACACCUACAGGCUUGUACGCUCCGCUGACGGCUGGUGUCUUCAGGAUUCUGGAGUCCGACUGCAGAGUUUUCGUACUCUGGAAACGCUGAUAGAGAACUACAGAAGGGUUGCAGCCUCCAGUGUCAACAUAGCCCCUCUUACAGAUCCACUGGAUAAAACACAGCUACCAUACAUCAGCCCUGAAGAGUUUGUCUACAUGGAAACAUGCAGCAGCAGCAGCACAUGUUAAGGCCAACAACAUCAUUCAUCAGGGAGACAAACAAGAUGACAAAAACAUGAAAUACAUGACACAUCAAGGACCUGUGCUCUACCUGUCAUAUUUAUGCUGCUUCAGUAUUCAUGAAAGAAAACAUGCCCUGGUUGUAUUGCUUGACGAGACGAUGCAAAAGAGGCCAAAGUACUUAAAGUCACCAUGUCACCAUAUUUUACACCUUUGUGGUUGUGUAUUGUAAUUUUUUUUUAUAUAUAUAUACAAACACAAAGAGAGUCGGCGUGUUUUUGUGUUUUUCAUCUGUUCGAGGAAGUCACACUUAGGUACAGUGAUCUGUGUGGUUUUCUGCCGAUCUUUUAUCAUAUUUGAAGCUACAGUAGCGACACAGGAAAUGUAGCAGUGGGGGAAAGGUGGAUCAUAAAAAGUUUUGUGGGCACACUCAUUCACCGUGUGACUUUAUUUAUUCAUUCAAUUUCAAGUUUUUCUCUUGGACAGCUCAUGAGUUAGUGUUUAUCUUCAUGUUCCAUUUAAGAAGUGUUAAACACAGUGUCCUUUCCUGACAGUUCCUCUUAACUGCUGAACUCAUGAUCAUACAUGACUUCACAGUAAAUGUCAAAUGUGUCUAAUCUUGACACUUGGGCUGCAUUUCAUGCUUACUUGAAAUCUGUACUUGUGCCUCUGUCAGUCAUAUGCAAAAUGCAGUGUGAUCAACUUUGGCCCGUGGGGAGGGGAGGUGCUAUUUUUACCAUGACUCACAUUGGACUUAAAAUGAGACGAAUAUCACUGUGCUGAAACAAAGGGACUUUUUGUCAGUCUGAGCUUAACACAACAACCAAGUUAAUAUGCAUAACACCUGUUGCUCUGAGGCUGUUAACAUUGGAGUUUUACAUUAGCAUGUCAAUUUAUUUUAUGUGUAUGUGAUCUGUGUUUGAUUUCUCUGGUCUUAUGUUAAACAUUUCAGUUUGUUUGGCUCAGUCAAUCGCAGGCUUUUUACAAUACUGUGGUCUGUCUUUCUAAUCACAUGUCGAGGAAUUACAGAAAAAAAAAACUCAAACAAAAGCUAAACUCUUUCUCUUGUGUAGGUUAGCAACAAGUGCUACAGUCUACACGUUUAUUCUUACUUAACUGUUGUGAUAUUAUUAACUGUUACAUCUGCACAUCAGCUUCUUCCACUUCAGUUUAGGAGGUGGUUUUAGAACUUAGAAAGAGACCUGUACUUUUGCAGAUAUUAAAAUGAAGUCCCAUACUGACUUGUUGGUUCUGAGUGCAGACCUUUACAGGAAUAGUUCAGUAUUUUAGGAAACAUCAAACUUUGCAUGAAGACUGGGAAAAGGGGAAACAGCCCUUUGCAAAGGUCAAAAUCCACCUACCAGCACUCCCUACAGUAUUUAACACAUCAUGUUUGUUUAAUCUUACAUUUUUUAUAGGAAGUUUUGUGCCAACUUAAAGUUUUCUAUUGACUGACUUAUAGUUAAGCUUUAGAGGUGCUUGUAGGUGCUGGUUGUGUUACCAUUGGACAGAAUGAGGCUUGCUUGUUGGGCUGAACUAAGCUUACCAUCUGCUGGCAGUAGCUUCAUGCACUGUAUGUAAGGUUAAAAAGCCUUUAUCCCAGAUUGUUGUUCACAUUUUUUUUAUGUGGUUUGAUUAUAUCUUUAUGCUUAAUUUGCAUUUUUGUAUUUUUUCUAUGUUUUGUCUAAGUGUUGAAGUUUUGCUUUUGCUGUGAACUGCUCCCAUUGAACCACUCUGUAUAAAUAAAGGCUGAAUAAAUGAAUUAAUUAAAUGAGAAAAUGAUAAUAUAUUGUAUCACUCUUUAUUUCACAUGCAAAAAGGUCUACACAUGUUGUAAAAGCACUAGAUCAUAAAUAGAUCUAAAGUUCAAGACCAGCUAACCAGGGCAGCAGAGCAGUUUCAUCAAAACUCAGUGAUGGACACGUUCUCUUCCGUUUAAAUGAAUAACCAAAAAAGUUCAGAAGUCAUUUGAGUUCCAUGACUAAG